AUAUUAAAUUUAAUUAUUCUAUUGUAAAUUUAUGGACUAGUUGCAUGAAUAGUUGCCACAUAGCCCUAACAAGUGUAGUCGAUAUGCCGUUCAGAAGUCCUUUUCCCGAUAUUCAAUUACCAGACAAAUCAUUUCCGAACGUUAUGUUCGACGCUAUGAAGCAGCAUGGAGAGGAGAUUGCAUUAGUUGAUAAUUCAAUCGGUGGGAAGUCCCUGACAUUCAAGCAAGUCUAUGACCAAUCAAGAAAUUGUGCUGGAUACUUACACAAAACGGGACUUGGAAAGGGAGACGUGGUCGGUCUUUGUUCUCCUACCUGCCUUGAAUUCCCAGUGGCAAUGUUAGGGAUAAUUGCUGCUGGUGGAGUUGUUGCACCUUGCAAUCCAGCAUAUAGAGUUGGGGAGAUAUUGCAACAAUUUCAAAUUUCAAAACCCAAGAUGGUUAUGGUACACGAGGAAUGCAUAGAUACGAUGAAGAAAGUUCAGCAACAAACAGAGUCUUUGCAAAAAAUAUUUGUCAUUGGUAAAAGCGAUGAAUUCACUACCUUAAUGGAGAUGAUUGAUGACAAAAACAAUAAAGAUUUCCCUGAUAACAUUGCCAUCAAUGGUGUCGAAGAUCUAGCAUUAUUGCCAUAUUCCAGUGGAACAACUGGACUGCCAAAAAGUGUUAUGUUAACUCACAGAAACUUAAUAUCCGUGGCAAUGAUAUUCGGUACGUCAAUGGUGUCUGAAACGACUGACUGUAUGUACACGGAUCGUCCGAUGUAUCACGCGGGUGGAUUCAGCUGUUUUAUAUUAACUUUGUUUUGCGGAAACAAGCUAAUCUUAGAAAAAGAGUUUGAAGUUGAAACUAUGCUAAAAGCAAUAGAAAAAUAUAAGAUAAGCCAUAUUCUAACGGUUCCGCCUAUCUUGAUUUGCCUAGCUAACGAUAAAAGAGUUGAAAAUUAUGAUGUUUCUUCUGUUAAAGAAGUAGCGUGUGGUGGAGCAGCUCUUGCCCCAGAUAUACUGCGGAAAAUAGAGAAAAGAUUUGGGGCUUUCAUUAGACCAGCUUAUGGAAUGACAGAAUGUCUCGGAAUCGCAAUCCAUCAUGGAAAAGAGAGUUUAUUUGAAGGCGUUGGAAAAGUUUGCCGCAACACAGAAGUCAAGAUAAUUAAUUUGCAGUCUGGCAAAGGACUUCAGAAAAAUCAGAUUGGCGAAAUUAUAGUCAAGGGACCUCAGGUCAUGAAAGGAUACAUGGGAAACCCAGAUGCUACAGCACAAACUAUUAUGCAAGAUGGAUGGAUUCACACAGGUGAUAUCGGAUAUUUUGAUAACGAUGAAAUGUUAUAUAUAAUUGAUCGCUUGAAGGAAGUCAUCAAAUACAAGGGCGUGCAAGUGUCACCAGCGGAAUUGGAAAGUGUUAUAUUAAAACACCCGAAAGUAGCUGAUGUUGGAGUCAUUGGAAUUCCUGAUUCUCAUGCGGGUGAACUUCCAAAAGCUUUUGUCGUGAAGAAGGUUGAUGAUUUAACCGCAGACGAGUUAGACGCUUUCGUAAAAGAUGAACUUGUUGAUUACAAACAACUGAGAGGUGGAAUUGAAUUUGUCGAGAAGAUCCCAAAAUCAUCAACGGGGAAGAUUCAACGCAAUGAACUGAAAAAAAUGGCCGGUUUUAGAUAAAAAGAAAAACGACCAAAUUAAUAAAUAUCCCAGCAUUACUGCACUAAAAAAUCUAUCGUCCAGUUAAUUGAACUUUGGAACCACCUAAACAAAAUCUUCAAAUCUAAACAAAUGUUUGCGAACUAGAGACUUUAAGAGAGCUUUUUAGUGAAAAUAUCUCAGGAAUAGACAUUACAAAUGUUCAGCCGUUUCUCCAUCUUUCAAUUGAAUAAGCAUCAUUUUUAAGUUCGUUUUUGAAGUUGCACGAAAGAAAGAGGUGUUACCAAAUGUUAAUUUUCUAUUCAAACGAUCGUGGAUCACUUGUCGAAUGAUGCGAAUCGUCGUCUCACAACAAAUUCGACGUACCUAAAUCACCUUACUCGCGAAACACCAUUACAUAAAAUAACUGCUUGCAAUGGGAAAUGAAUACAUUAAAAUUCACAGCAUUCAAAUUCUCAGACCACCGUAGUGAAUAAUGUAGAAUUAAGAAUUAGCAAUUUUGACUAAUAUAAUUUCAACAAUAAUAAAAUUACAAUUUUAUACUGCUAUGCGUUUUAAUUUUAAAAUGCUCCGAGCAAACAAGCAAACUGGUUUUGGGAAAUGUUUUUUUCACUGUAACAGACAAUUAUUCCCAGGAGGACAGACUACAGCGAAAUAGCCAACCAAAUUAGGUUUACAAGCGAUAAGCAAAGUCAACAAGAAUUCGUAUUAUAUAUAUUGUUGCCUAGCAAUCUGUAUCUUGAUAUUUUUGGAAAAUAAUAAAUAAUCUGUUUUGAAAAAUUAAUUAUCUGUACGAU